CAGGCAUUCCUAAGGCCGAGAUAGGAUUGAAAACGAGCGGUGAAGUGAAUCGAUAAUCUUGAAACAAUCUUGCUUAAAGAGCUUUUGUCAGAAAGAACAAUUUCAGAGUGGGAUACUUGGUUCUUGAUCCCACCGGAUCUCUUGUACGAAAGGCUUAAAAUUGGAAGCUGUUGAAGCAGCCAAAACCACCGAAACAAUGUUCAACUGGGCAAAGCAACAGCUGGCCAAUGUCGCCGGCACCCAAGAGCCUAUCUAUGGCCCGACCGCCAUCAAGUCGGUUGCCCAAGAGGCAGCAACCGCGUCGUAUACGGAGCUUACCCGCGACGACCUGAAGUGGCGGGCGAUGACAUCCACCUGCGUUGAGACGCAGGUGUUCUACAUGACCACCGAUAGUGGUCACCUUGCCUUUGUGCAGGUCAUCUACAGCAAUGUUGCUGGCAUCCGAACGACAUGCCAGUUCAAUACCAAGGUUUUCAACCUCAAAGACGACGGCAAACCGCAUCUGUGGUGUACAACACCCUUGAACAACCACUCAUUCAGUGACGACAUGACUGCAUUCUAUGCCGACGACUGCGCCGUUGAGCUUUCCGAGGAUGGCACAUCAUACUCGAUCAAGUCCAUGACAGACGAGCGAGCCAUUGUUAACAUCAAGGUCACCAGGACCACUCCAGGUUUCCAGGCAGGCAAGACAGGCACCACGUUGUUUGGGACGGAUCUAUCGGAUCCCUGGGGAUCUAUGCGCCAUGCCUUCUGGCCCAGAUGUCAGGCGGAAGGCACAAUCGCGACUCCCGACGGACCUAUCGACGUCAAGGGACGCUGCAUGUUCAUCCAUGCGCUGCAGGGCAUGAAGCCCCACCAUGCUGCCGCCAGCUGGAAUUUUGUCGACUUUCAAGGCCCGACACACUCAGCCGUAUUGAUGGAGUACAUAACACCGCCAUCGUAUGGGUCUACAACUGUCAGUGUCGGUGCAAUCGCCAAGGAUGGUGAAAUUGUUAUGGCUGGCUGCUCAAACCAUAUUGAGCAUGUCGAAACCCGGAGUGACUCGGAGAACGACUGGAAGGAGCCGACGAAGGUCAAGCUGACUUGGUCCGGUGUGACAAAAGAUGGCAAGAAGGUUGAGGCUUCCAUGGAGACCGAGUACGAGACGCGUCUGGACCGUAUCGAUGUCAUGGCCGAGGUCCCCGGCUUCGUUAAGAAGUUUGCCGCAGCUACCGCAGGGACGAAACCUUAUAUUUACCAGUACAUGCCUCGCAAAACGAGUCCAACACUGAAGCUCAAGCUCGGAGAGGAGCCAGAAAUUACCGAGACCGGCGCCAUGUUCUGCGAGGCAACCUUUAUCACUGAUUCUACCACUGGGGAACAAUAAAGGGUUACUCCGGUAAGUUUGCAAGCUUGGGUGGAUGAGGACAGCUCAUUUUCUCAGGAACCCCAAUUAUACAGUUUCGUGUCUUGCUCGCAGUUUCGCAGGCAAUAUAUGCAAAUAGAGGUUGUUUCUAGUUAGAAGCGCUUGUAUCACAAGACGCAGGGCUUAAUGGAUAUUGGACAGAUCAAUAGGGACUUUGAAUUUUAAUGAAGACCAUCAAUUAUUUGGGCCAAGUUCUUGGCGGACCGCUCGGGUAAUAUUUACAUCAAAAUCCCCCAGCAGACAGACCUUCUGUCGUUUAGUCGUGGCAGGGUAGUUUCUGAAU